AUGGCGUUGGGAAUCCUCCUCCCUGCCGUCGGCGGGCUGCUCGUCGCCCUUCUGCUAUAUGCGUUUCUCUUCGUGGGACGGCGCGAGAAAGGUCUCCCCCCCGGCCCGCCCACAGCACCCGUGAUCGGAAACAUCCAUCAGAUCCCAACCAAAGGGUCCUACUUAACGUUCACAGAAUGGUCCAAGAAAUAUGGCGGCAUCUUCUCCCUCAAGCUCGGCCCUGCAACCGCCAUAGUUCUCACUUCUCGCCACCUCGUCAAACACCUGAUCGACAAGAAGUCGAACAUCUACAGCGACCGACCCCACAGCUACGUCUCGCACAAUCUGAUCACGGGGGGUGACCACGUCCUCAUCGCGCACUAUGGAAAAGUCUGGCAACGGUACAGAAAAGUGAUUCACCAGCACUUUAUGGAAUCAAUCGUCAUGAAGGACCAUUUGCCCUUGCAGCAAGCCGAGGCAAGUCAGCUUCUCAAAGAUUUCCUCGAGCGACCGGAUCAGCACAUGGACCACCCAAAGCGAUACACCAACAGCAUUGCAUGCGCCACCAUCUGGGGCGUCAGGUCUCCGACAGUGGACACCCCUCACAUGAAACGCCUCUACGACUUGAUGGAGAAUUGGUCUGUGGUCAUGGAACCGGGCAACACUCCUCCUGUCGACAUCUUCCCCUUUCUCCACUACGUUCCUGAAUGGCUGUUCGGGAACUGGCGUUCACGAGCCAAAGACGUCGGCAAGGCGAUGAAUGACCUAUACAACGACAUGUUGACCGGUCUCGAGAAGCGCAGGGAAGCAGUAGGCAGCAAGUACUCAUUCAUGGACCGGGUCCUCGAUCAAAAAGAGAAGCUCGAAUUGACUCGGCACCAACUCUAUUUCUUGGGCGGCACAAUGAUGGAAGGAGCGAGUGAUACCUCUUCGAGCAUCGUUAUCGCGGCCAUCCAGGCCUUCACCAAGUGGCCCGAGGUCAUGAGGAAAGCACAGCGAGAAAUCGACAGUGUCAUGGGCGAAGACCGGUCUCCCGUAUGGGCUGACUAUGCACAAUUGCCAUAUGUGGCGGCAACGGUGAAGGAAACGAUGAGGUGGAGACCGGUGGUCCCAUUGGCAUUCCCACAUGCUGUUUAUGAAGAUGACUGGAUUGAUGGGUACAAAAUUCCCAAGGGCUCCGUCAUCUUCAUCAACGCAUGGGGCAUGCACCACGACGAGAAGAGAUUCCCAGACCCCGACACAUUUGAUCCAGACCAUUACAAGGGCGUCACCGCACUGGCCUCCGAACUGGCUCAAUCCACCAAUCCAGACGACAGGGACCAUUAUGGCUACGGUUCCGGAAGGCGUCUGUGUCCCGGUAUCCAUCUCGCAGAGAGGAACUUGUUCCUCGGGAUUGCAAAGCUGUUAUGGGCAUUUGAGUUUGCGCCAGGGAAGGAUAAGGAUGGAAAGCCAAUUCUUCCCGACACCGAUCCGACCACGGCAUACAGUGAAGGAUUCCUUGUGUGCGCGAAGCCCUACGCUCUGGAGGUCAAAGUGAGAUCGGAGGCAAGACGAGAGACUAUCCUGAGGGAGUUUCAGGAGGCCAAGAGGGACGUGCUUUCAGCAUUUGACAACUAG